UCCGUCUCCCCGCGCUCCUGGCGCGUUGUCUGUCUCCUUCUGCAUCCUCCCCGCACUCCGCGGGCUGAAGCGCCACCGCCGACCGACUGUCACUUCCGCCCCACCAGCACCUGGGACAGCAAAGAGCUAGGAUGACAUGAGAGACUGGACUGUGUACCACCCAAGAGACAUUCUUAGUAGGAAAACUAAUCCGCAGAGAGACUGAAGUGACUUUCAAGAUGGCCAAAGAGGAACCCCCAAGUACUUCUAGGGAUUUACAGGAGCUGCAGAGGAAGCUGUCUUUGCUGAUAAAGUCCUUCCAAAAUAACUCAAAGGUGGUUGCCUUUAUGAAGUCCCCAGUGGGUCAGUACCUGGACAGACAUCCUUUCCUGGCCCUCGCGGUGCUGGUGUUUGUCGCCAUGUCAGCCAUUCCGGUCGGGUUCUUCCUGCUCUUUGUGGUGCUUACUUCACUGCUUGCUCUCGUGGGAGUUGUAUUACUGGAAGGACUGGUCAUCUCUGUGGGGGGCCUCGCCCUGCUUUGUGUCCUCUGUGGCGUGGGCUUUGUGUCACUCACCCUGUCUGGAAUGAUCCUAGUGACCUACAUGGUGGCCUCCAGCUUCAUCAGCUACUGGUUUUCUCCCAGACCACUGACACAGCAAAACCCCAGUGUCAUCUUUCAGCUGUCCACAGACCUCGAGGGCUUACACCAGGAAUGACGAGUUGCUGGAACCAGAGAUUGUUUCUCUUCAUCUCAGGAAAAUUGUCGGGUCACACUCACCGCCUUGGGGUUAUGGCUAAGAGAAAGGAGCUGGGUAAAAUGUGUUUCAUGGGGCCUCUAGCUUCUUUACUUACUGUGUACAAAAUUGUGCUAUGGCCCAGAUGGACUCUUGCCCAUGACUCUCCAGUAUACAAUCUUGAUGUUGGCAGGGUCUAAGCAUUUUUUCUUCCCACGGCUUAAUCUCAGGACCUGGCACCGUCCCCUUUCUUUUUUCUUUUCUU